AUGUUGCUUAGUACUGCCUCUCCCAUCAUCACCCUUCCUUGCGGGCAUGCCCUCCAGGCAAUGAAGCUGGUGGAGGCGUAUGAGCUAGAGGAGCUGAGGGACAGCAAGAUGUCGGCGGCAAGUGAGGAGGCGAUAGUGGACUUUGCAGACCUGGCUCUGGACUGCAUCAAGUCUCCCGGCACACGGCGACCCACCAUGAAGGAUGUGGCAUACCGCCUCAGUGCCCUCAUUGCCAAGCACUGCCCCGACAAGGAGGACGAGUGGGAGAGUGGUGCGAAGGAAGAGAGUGCAAGCAGCGAGGGUAUGGAUGUUUCUGCUGUUCCUUCAAGGGAUGUUUCUGCUGUUUCUUCAAGGGAUGUUUCUGCUGUUUCUUCAAGGGAUGUUUCUGCUGUUUCUUCAAGGGAUGUUUCUGCUGUUUCUUCAAGGGAUGUUUCUGCUGUUUCUUCAAGGGAUGUUUCUGCUGUUUCUUCAAGGGAUGUUUCUGCUGUUUCUUCAAGGGAUGUUUCUGCUGUUUCUUCAAGGGAUGUUUCUGCUGUUUCUUCAAGGGAGCGUGAGAGGUCUGAUGGCUCACAGUCUGGUGUGAGCUCAUUCAUGCACAUUGGCUCGAUAGGUGAUGGCUUCAGGGGUUGGCUGCAUUUGAAGCCAACCAAAGGGCGUUAA